CAUCAUUCUAUCAUGUUCCGUCAAUUCAUUAUUUCAUUUGCCAUUUUCUCGGUUGCAUUUGCUUGCGAAGCUUCUGAAUCUGAAGGACCAUGUGACGGUGGCAUUCUUGUGUGCCAGACACAGGUCUGUGAUGUGGCAGCUGGUCAAUGUUGUCCUGUAACCACCGUUCCCCUUGUGACUUCAACCACUGCUGCUGUGGUAACAGAUUCUGAUGGAUCUACAGUAACCACAACUGCUUCAGCAGUUACAGUAACCUCAACCUCUACAACUUCGUGUGCUGAUCGCCUCAAUCCAUCUACCGGGGUCUCUGAUUGUCCAGCACUUGCCUAUCUUUGCAACGACACCACCUACUACACAGUCAUGACUCAACAAUGUCCAAGAACAUGCGGUCGUUGUAACUCAACUACCACAAGCUCCACUAGCUGUGCCGAUCUUGUAAACCCAUCCACCGGAGUUUCUGAUUGUACUGCACGAGCUUCUUUGUGCAAUGAUUCAGUCUACUAUGCCGUCAUGACUCAACAAUGCCCAAGAACUUGUGGAAGAUGUAACUCAAGCUCUACCGUAACUUCAUCUUCCUCCACAACAGCUUCAACCACCUGUGUUGACCAAGUCAACGCAGCUACAGGAGUCUCCGAUUGUCCAAACCGUCGUGCAUUCUGUACCAAUUCUGCCUACGCAACCCUUAUGAGAGCUCAAUGCCCACUCACUUGCGGAUUCUGCACUUCUGGAUAAUCUUCAUUUUUUCUUGAAUCAUUUUAUUUAUUUCCUAAUAUAUUUGGUUGUUGUAAAUUUGAACUUCUUCAUAUAAAAAACUUUGGAUCUUGG